AUGGGCAAGUUCAGCAUUACUGGAGAGACGGUCUUCGACUAUUCCGCUGAGGUCGUCUAUGAUUUCGUCUCGAAUCCGCACAACUGGGGCAAAACGUACAAGGGAUCUGCUGGCAUGCAAGACCGGAAUCUCAAAGUUCCCCUGGAGCUCGGUGAUACAUGGACUGAGAAGGUCACUCUUCCUCCAAAUAUGUAUCUUUCCACCUGGCGAUUGAUCACCGCCGAGAGACCCAGAAAGUUCGCCUUUCAGCAAGUCAACAAAAUUGGCAUGAAGGAAGAUGGAACGGGUGGCGUCGAUGGCUUCACAACAAUUACUUACACCUUCGAGAACAAUAUUGGGGAGGGCAAGACACUUUUUACGAGGAAUUUGACGGGUGAGCUGCCAAGGGGAGUUGGAAUACCGGACGAUCUCCUAACUGUAUGCUGUCGGCCUGAUGGAAUUGAAAGGUAUCACGACGCAGUUAAAGCAGAGCUUGAUAAGGAGCAUGGCAAGUCCUCGUAG